AUGUUGACAAACCAUGCUUCCCAAGCCUCAAAAAGCAAAGCCAUCCUAACCCUCUUGCAAGGAUGCAACUCCCUCAGAAAGCUCAGCAAAAUCCACGCCUACGUCAUCACCAACGGUCUCCACCACCACCCGGACAUUUCCGGCAAGCUUCUCAACUUCUGCGCCGUCUCCGUCUCCGGCAGCCUACCCUACGCUCAGCUUCUCUUCCAUCAUCACAUCCAAAACCCAGAAACCCAACACUGGAACUCCAUGAUCCGAGGCUUCUCCCAAAGCCCUUCUCCUCUUCAAGCCAUUUCUUACUACAAUCUCAUGCUUUCGUAUUCGUCACCGGACACGUUUAGCUUCUCGUUUGUCCUCAAGGCUUGCGAGAGAGCCAAUGUUGAGCCCAAGUGCCGUGAGGUUCAUGGCACGGUGUUUCGCUGUGGCUAUCAAAACGACGUCGUUGUUUGCACUAAUCUGAUGAAGUCAUAUGCGGUUAAUGGGUCGGUUGAUCAUGCACGGAGAGUGUUUGAUGAAAUGUCUGAGAGAGACUUGGUGUCUUGGAACUCCAUGAUCUCGUGCUACUCUCAAGCGGGGCUUCAUCAUGAGGCGUUAAACGUGUAUAGUUUGAUGAGAAGGGAAAAUGUGGGUCUUGAUGGGUUCACUCUUGUUGGGUUGCUUUCGGCUUGCGCUCACUUGGGUGCGCUGAACACCGGAGUUGCGAUGCAUGAACUUGCUCGUGAGAAGGGGUUUAUGGGAAGUGUUUAUGUUGGGAAUGCGCUUAUUGAUAUGUAUGCGAAAUGUGGGGACUUGGAUGGUGCUCUUUGUGUGUUUGAGAGGAUGCGAAAGAGGGAUGCUUUUACGUGGAACUCCAUGAUCGUAGGGUAUGGAGUCCAUGGUCGCGGAAAUGAAGCGAUCUAUUUUUUCGAGAAGAUGAUGAUGGCAGGUGUGCAGCCGAAUUCGAUCACAUUUCUAGGUUUGUUAUGUGGGUGUAGUCACCAAGGGUUAGUAGAGAAGGGUGUUGAUUACUUCCAUAUGAUGAGCUCCAGGUUUAAUAUUAAACCUGGAAUUAAGCACUAUGGGUGCCUUGUGGAUCUGUUUGGUCGAGCUGGGAAGCUCGAGAAGGCACUUCAUGUUAUUAGGACUUCACGUGCACAGGAUGAUCCGGUUCUAUGGCGGACUCUGCUCAGCUCUUGCAAGAUUCAUAUGAAUGUGGACAUAGGAGAAGUUGCAUUGAAGAAUCUAAUUCGUCUAGGGUCGUCGAAUGCAGGGGACUACGUACUUCUUGCAACUAUUUAUUUUAAAGCUAAAGAUGCAGAUGGUGUUUCAAGGAUGAGAAAAUUGAUCAAAAACCAGGGAGUGAGAACCACUCCUGGUUGGAGCUGGAUUGAAGUUGGCGAUCAGAUUCAUAAAUUCGUAGUGGAUGACAAGUCACAUCCAGAUACUGAAGAAAUCUAUACAAAAUUGGAGGUUGUAGUCCAGCAAGCUGCUCUGAAUGGUUAUGUGCAAGAGGAAUCUCUUAUCAGAGCCUCUGACUUUACGUCCAUAGACACCGAGUGUUCAGGAACUUCCGGUUCAUGUCACAGUGAGAAGCUGGCAAUCGCUUUUGGCUUGGCAAGAACUCCAGAAGGAACAUGUUUACGGAUAGUGAAAAACUUGAGAGUUUGUAGAGAUUGCCAUUCAUUUACAAAAUUUGUUUCCCUAGCAUUUAAUCGAGAAAUAAUCGUUAGGGACCGAGUUCGGUUUCAUCACUUCAAGGGUGGGUUGUGUAGUUGUAAAGACUAUUGGUGAGAGAGUGAUCGGAAUCAUCGAUCUGAUUAUAAUGAGCUUCAGGACUCCUGUCCUAAAUUGAUUUCUAUAUCUCUGUGAUCCUUGUUUUU